AGACGAUGUUUGGCAGCAUCUAACAAGAACAGUUCUGAGUUUCGUUCACCGGCUGCAUCUCUUCAAGUUCUGUUUGUCAGGUAAUUUUACAAGUUGAAAAUGGAAUAUCGAGAAAAGGCUGAAAAGGCCGGCGAGAAACUGAUGGAAUACUACAAAGCUACCGACUGGAAAAUCUCAAAAAUAUCUCAAGAGGUAUCAGUGGAAAAUUUUGAGAAAGAAGUGACAGUCUCUCACAAGCAAUCUGCUGAAUUUGAUGGACAUAUUUACAAAGCCGAGUGCAUAUUGGAUGGGGAACCAGAUGAGAUCAUCAAGUAUGUUAUCCCAGCACCUUUCGGUGUCAGAGAAUCAUGGGAUAAAACAAUAAAAUCCUCUGAAAUUAUUCAUUCUGAGGACGAGGAUUUCUUCAUUGUACGAUCUCAGACGCAUAGUUCAGCUAUGGGACUUAUUUCGUCCCGUGACUUUGUUGAUGCGGUGAUAUUGAAGCAUUUAGAUGAUGAUGGUAUAGUAUGUACUAACUCUAUCAGUAUAGAACACCCUGAUUGUGCUGCCAAAGAUGAAUGUAUCAGAGGGUUCAACCAUCCAGGAGGUACAUUCUGUGUUCCAGAACCAGGGGAUGCUAUGAAAACAAAGGUCGUCACUUUCCUACAAUCUGACUUGUGCGGCAUGUUACCACGUACCUUGGUGGAAACAGCUCUACCGAACACUAUGAUAGACUUCUUUAUAGGAUUGAAAACAGCAAUUGAUAAUGAUCUUCUACAUAAGCCACCUAAUGCUGAUGACAAGGCCUAA